AUGGCAUCCUGGUUGUAUGAGUGUCUUUGUGAAGCUGAACUUGCACAGUAUUAUCCUCAUUUUACUGCUGUUGGCCUUCAGAAAAUAGAUGAAUUAGCCAAGGUUACAAUGAAGGACUACUCUAGGUUGGGAGUUCAUGAUAUGAAUGACCGCAAACGUCUCUUCCAACUUAUCAAAAUCAUUAAGAUUAUGCAGGAAGAAGAUAAAGCAGUCAGCAGCCCAGAGCAUCCUCUUCGGACAAAUAGCCUGUACAUCAAGCCUAAGGAAUCCAGAUCUGGGCCUCGCAGGCAGCUGCAUUUUGAUUCUCCUGCUGACAAAGGCAGAACUACCAGCAACAAUGGGUCUGAAAUGUGCAAUUUAUCAGAUUUUUCUGUAAGUGAACAAAAGUCUAGUUACCUAAAAGUGCUGGAGCACAUGCUACCAGAUGAUUCCCAGUACCAUACAAAAACAAGAAUUCUGGAUGUCACACCUGCAGAUUCCUAUGUGCAAACAGAAACUUCACUCUUCCCAUCAAGUCACCUCUCUCCAAUACUGGGGGAUUGUGAUAUUCCUGUCAUUCAAAGAGUCUCUCAUGUUUCAGGGUAUAAUUAUGGAAUUCCUCAUUCUUAUAUCAGACAGAAUACCUCAGAGAAAGAGAAUCCAUGGACUGAGAUGGAGAAAAUCAGAGUUUGUGUUCGAAAACGACCUCUGGGCAUAAGGGAGGUGCGUCGUGGAGAAAUUAAUAUUAUUACUGUAGAAGAUAAAGAAACUCUACUUGUUCACGAGAAGAAAGAAGCAGUUGAUCUUACACAAUAUAUUCUUCAGCAUGUUUUUUAUUUUGAUGAAGUCUUUGGUGAGGCGUGCACCAAUCGGGAUGUAUACAUGAAGACUACUCACCCACUCAUUCAGCAUAUUUUCAAUGGAGGCAAUGCCACUUGCUUUGCUUAUGGACAAACAGGUGCUGGAAAGACCUAUACCAUGAUCGGAACUCAUCAGAACCCAGGACUAUAUGCUCUGGCUGCCAAAGAUAUCUUCAGGCAACUAGAAGUGUCCCAACCAAGAAGGCACCUCUUCGUGUGGAUCAGCUUCUAUGAAAUCUACUGUGGACAGCUUUACGACCUACUAAAUAGAAGAAAAAGGCUCUUCGCAAGAGAAGAUAGCAAGCAUGUGGUACAGAUAGUGGGACUACGAGAGCUCCAGGUGGAGAGUGUGGAACUCCUCUUAGAGGCGAUCCUGAAAGGCAGCAAGGAGCGCAGCACCGGGGCCACCGGAGUUAACGCAGACUCCUCUCGCUCCCAUGCUAUCAUCCAAAUUCAGAUCAAAGAUUCAGCCAAAAGGACGUUUGGCAGGAUCUCUUUUAUUGACUUGGCUGGCAGUGAAAGAGCAGCAGAUGCCAGAGACUCAGAUAAACAGACAAAGAUGGAAGGUGCAGAAAUAAACCAGAGUCUUCUGGCUUUGAAGGAAUGUAUCCGAGCACUGGAUCAGGAACACACCCACACUCCCUUCAGGCAAAGUAAAUUAACUCAGGUCCUGAAGGACUCCUUCAUUGGUAAUGCCAAAACCUGCAUGAUUGCCAACAUCUCGCCAAGCCACAUCGCCACUGAGCACACUCUGAAUACCUUGCGUUAUGCUGACCGGGUCAAAGAGCUAAAGAAAGGCAUUAAAUGUUGUGCUACUGCUACCAGUCGAAAUCAGACAUCUGGAAAUUCUUCUCCAAAACGAAUUCAGAGCUCCCCUGCGGCACUUCCAGGGGACAAGUGUUCUCCGAAAAAAGUCAAGCUGGGACUUCAGCCAUCAGUUACCGUGACCCCUGGCUCCACGAGAGGAAAGGCCCAUCCUCUGGCCACCCACCCACCCAACAUCCCUUUUGCUUCUGCACCUAAAGUCCCUGGUAAAAGGGGCGGCUCCAGAGGCAGCCCUCCCGAAGACAGGGCUGUCCUGAGGACCCCUGUCAAAGGAACCCUGCGGGCAGGACAUUUAACUAAAAAAAGAACAGAAGAGUCAGUCUCACCGUGCCCUGAGAAAAAUCAGAUCAGCCACAGAACUCCCCUCGGGUGGGGAAGCAGAGCCCCUGGCUCAGGAGAAGGCCUGGCGCGGGGCAAGCUGCCCUCCAGGUGUAAGAAAGUACAGACUGUGCAGCCAGUGCAGAAGCAGCUGGUGUCACGAGUCGAGCUCUCCUUUGGCAAGGUCCACCACUCGACUGAGUCCAGCCAGGGCAGGAAGGGGGGCACGCCUGCCAGGCCCACCUCCGAAACUUGGACCAGCAUCCCUCCACAUCAGAAGGAGAGAGAGGAACAUUUGCGCUUUUAUCACCAGCAGUUCCAGCAGCCACCUCUCCUCCAGCAGAAGUUAAAGUACCAACCCCUGGAAAAGUUCCUGUGCCAGGCCCGGCCCCGAGAUGGGCAGCUCCGCGAUGAGACGACUCUUUCCCGCGCUUAUUCCGAGAGCCGUGAUGGAGCCCAGGCCGAGGACCUGGACGACAGCGACUUCAGUGAAGACUCUUUUUCACAUGUCUCCAGUCAGAGGACCACGAAGCAGAGAAACACCUUGCAGAACAGCGAAGCCUCGUUCUUCCUUCACCAGAGAGAGCAAGGACCUGAGGAACAGGAGGUAGAAAGGCAGCAGAGUCUGCUUUUUAGCCCCGGGACAGAGAGUGAUGAGAAGGGUCUAACUGGAAGCUGGAUGAAUGUCAGGGACCACGCUGGUCACAGAAGGACAUUCGAUCCUGGCCACAAGCCCAGUAAGGUGCCCUUGGACUGCAGCAGAGGAGGCAAUACCUCCCUGGGGCCGCCUCCCAGAGACGGCCUGGCAGAGAAACCUUACAGUUCACAGGUUGACUUUGUGGGCAGCCAGAAGAGAGGUGGCCCAGCCGCUGAUCCCAGACAGGCUGCCUUCAGGAGUGAGAUUGCUCAGGAGGCGGAGGGCGGCCUGCUGUCCCUGGAGGAAGAUAGUUUCACUUCCUCACUCUCCCACAUUGCAGUUCCUGGAUCCCCAGACCUGAGAGACAUAGUCAACAUGCCUCUGAGAGAGGUCAGUGAAGACAGCCCAAGUCCAGCAACAAGAACAAUGAAAAACUGUGACCCUUUCCAGGAAGAAGACUCGAGAGGGGAAUUGGGCACGUGCUCAGAAUACGCUUCUGGACUGAUGGCUCCCCUUACCGUGUCCCUCCUGGAGAACCCAGACAGUGGGGGCUCGCCGCCCUUGGUUCAGGUGGCCCAGGAUGAGGUUACGCAGAGUCUGGUGGGCGCAGCUGUGGGCCGCAUAGUGUUACCCGAUGAUCAAGAGUCAGUCUUGCCACUGUCUUCAACAGCUGGGCACCUGUGGCUCUCAUCAUCUCCUCCUGACAAUAAGCCUGGUGGGGAUCUUCCAGCUCUGUCCCCGUCACCCAUCCGUCAGCACCCACCCGACAGGCCGCCCUCCAGGGAGGCUGAGCUGGGAGAGGCCGGCCAGAGCAGAGACACUGUAUUCCUCUCCCAGGAACCUGUGGUUAGUGAGCAGUAUGAUGCAGAUGCUGAGGACACAGAGCUGGGCAGCUUCCGGGGCUUUCCAGGAAAGCCCUUUACUGCCAUACACCCUGGGCGACCUCACUCCGGGCCUACACUCAGCACACGAACAGAAAGUAUUGAUGUGGCUGACCAGCCCUGGGUCCAGGAGAGAAAGCUUCCGGCGGGGCUUAGUUGGCAGGGCCUGGAUUUAUCCACAGAUCCUGUCAAGUUCCCCCACUACAAUGAGGAUGUUGCAUGGCUCAAACACAGGCCAAGUUGUUCAGCAAAGCCAGGCUCUCCCAAGAUGGCAGGGAUGCUCGGUCAGCCCACCCUGGGGCAUGCACAGCAGGUGGUUAUCCGAGCACACCAGGAGCAGCUGGAUGAAAUGGCCGAGCUGGUCUUCAAGGAGGAGACUCUGAUGAGCCGGCUGGCUCCUCACGAUUUUGAAGAUUUUGUGACCCAGCUGGAUGAAAUCAUGGCUCUGAAAUGCAAGUGUAUCCAGAGUCUGCGGAGCCAGCUGCAGCUCUAUCUGGCUUGCCACAAGCCAGCCUCAGCCCCUGAGAGGACCGUGGUGUCUUAGAACAAGAUCCGGUACAGGGUGGGAGGGACAGUUCAAGGAGCCUGUGCUGGGUGCUCAGGGACUGAAGAGGCAUCUGCCAGAGCUUCCCUGCAGAUACCAGACUCACUUCCUGGUCCUGCCGAUCGUUGCCUCACCUACUCACGCAUGGCCUCGUCUCUCAACGUCAGGCCUCUGUCCCUCCAUUCCAAGCACAGCUGUAUCUGUGAGAAAGAACCUAGUAUGCUUUCUUCCUUUCCUUUAGGGCCGGAAAGGAAUGUGCCUUCCUCUUAUCUGGGAACAUACUUGGUCAUAUGUAUUUGAGUUUGAGAAUCGGAGAAUGGGGGCAGGGGGUGUCGGUGACAAGCUGAAGACAGCCCAGUGACUU